GUAACCGGAGGUACCAGUCUAAAUGGGAGGAACGAAUGGCUUCUGCGGGAGGGAAGGAUUGCAGGGAAGGCGAGAGGACAAUCAUCAGCAUAGCCGCAGAGAAAAACCAAGAAAACCGCAGAAUCCAAAGCAUUUUCACCCUGUAAAUCCCCCACCUCUUCGUUUUCUUUAACUUGAAAUCAAAUCGAUCACCUAGAAUUACAGACAAAGAGGGUCGAAGGAACGCUAUGGUUCCUUUAAGGUCUGCCAGACUUCUACCAAAUUGAAAAUACCAAUUUCCCAGAAAAAGAAAUGAACAAGUUUCAGAAUCAAUCUUUUUGCCCCAGUAUCGGAGCAGAAAUUGCCGUGAGAACAAAGCGACCUUGGAAGAGAGAGAGAAUCCUAAUUGAACCGGGGAGAAGAUAUAGGGACCGGCAGUCUGCCACCGUACGCCACCGUACGCCACCGUGGGCUUCUCCCUCUCGCCCCCCCUGUUUCUUGUGUGGGCUUAAGAGAUCUGGGUUUGAGAAAAACCCAGAUUUGGGUUUGAAAGAGGAAGAAGAAAGGAGAAGAGAGAGAGAGAGAAAGAAUAAGAAGAAGAAGGAAGAAGGAUGAGCAAGGAAAGGAAAGAAGGAAGAAGAUGAAGUUUGCGAGAGAACCCAGAUCUGGGUUUGCAGAGGCAAGGGAAAAGGAAAGGUAAAAGAGAGAAAGUGAAAGAGGAAGAAGAGAUGACGUGGAUUGAAAAAAAGAUAUCAAAAUUUU